GCCGCAGCGGGGCGGGCGCCCACGGCGAGGGGCGGGCGGCGCCCAUGAGACACACGCGCCGCGGCGCCGAGCCCGGGCCCCGGUGAGCCGGCGCCAUGGGGCAGGCGAGCUGCAAGGGGCUCUACCAGUCGCUGUUCGACUACAAGACGGAGAAGUAUGUCAUCGCCAAGAACAAGAAGGUGGGCCUGCUCUACCGGCUGCUGCAGCUCUCCAUCCUGACCUACCUGGUGGUUUGGGUAUUCCUAGUGAAGAAGAGUUAUCAAGACACUGACACCUCCCUGCAGAGCAGCAUCAUCACCAAAGUCAAGGGUGUGAUCUUCACCAACACCUCGGAGCUGGGGGAGCGGCUUUGGGACGUUGCUGACUACGUCAUCCCACCCCAGGGGGAGAACGUCUUCUUCGUCAUCACCAACCUGAUUGUGACCCCCAACCAGCGGCAGGAAACCUGUGCUGAGAAUGAAAGCAUUCCCGACGCCGUGUGCUCCGAGGACAGUGACUGUCCUCCUGGGGAGCCUGUCGUGACUGGAAAUGGAGUGAGGACCGGCCGCUGCCUGCGGGCGGAGAACAUGCAAAGAGGCACCUGCGAGAUCUUCGCCUGGUGCCCGGUGGAAACAAGGUCCAGGCCGGAGAAGCCUCUCCUGGGCAAGGCCGAAGACUUCACCAUUUACAUCAAGAACUUCAUUCGUUUCCCCAAAUUCAACUUCUCCAAGACCAAUGUGCUGGACACCGAGGACAGAGCUUACCUGAAGUCCUGUCGGUUUGGCCCCAAGGACCCCUACUGCCCCAUCUUCCGACUGGGGUCUGUGGUCAGGUGGGCUGGGAGCAACUUCCAGGAGAUAGCUGUGCAGGGCGGUGUGAUAGGGAUCCAGAUCGAGUGGGACUGUGAUCUUGACAAAGCUCCCUCUGAAUGCAACCCUCGCUAUUAUUUUAGCCGGCUGGACCGCAGGUUUUCCGGAAACUCUGUCUCCUCCGGGUAUAACUUCAGGUUUGCCAAAUAUUACCGCGAUGAAGCUGGGGUGGAGUUCCGCACCCUGAUCAAAGCCUACGGGAUCCGCUUUGAUGUCCUGGUGAAUGGCAGGGCAGGGAAGUUCAACAUCAUCCCCACAAUCAUCAACGUGGGCUCAGGGGUGGCACUCAUGGGUGUUGGGUCUUUCUUCUGUGACCUGAUACUCAUCUACCUGAUCAAAAAGAGCCACUUUUACCGCAACAAGAAGUUCGAGGAAGUACUGUCUGGCCACCCGGGGAACGGAAAGGUGACCUCGGAGCAGCUGCAGAACCUGCAGACGGUGGAGGCGUAGCCAGAGGCGGCUGAGAGCAGAUUUGGUGAAGACGGCUGCAGCUCUGAACGGGAAGAGGGAAGAGCCUGUGUCUGCAUGGAUUGGGGCUUCAGGCGCCACCACCCCACCUCCUGCACUUUGGGAUCUUGCUACAAGCUUUUUGUUGUGUGUGGGGGAGGGGAGCCUCCCAGUGUCAGAGCUCAGGGCUGGGAGGAGAGAUGCUAGAGAAGGAAGGGGCAGGCCGGGGUGUAAAUGAUACCAAGUGUUUCCAUGUUGUCUGAGAGCCUAGUUGGAUAUUCACACAUUCAUACAUGCAGUAAACAUUUUUUGCUGUGGGCUGGGCCCUAUCGAAGACAUGCUUAAAUGAGAUGCUGAACUGGCCCUCAGGGAGUGGAGCACCGUGUAAUUUCCUCUGGAGACUACAGACUCAGAGCCAGGCUCAGCCAUCUGGCCCUCCUCCAGCCUCCAGCUGACUUUCACAGAGAGGGCAGGGAGGCCUCCCACCAGUCUGACCUGCCCAGCCUGGGGAGGCUCCGGGAUAGCAACUUGCCCAGAUGGGAGACACUGCCUUUUUUUGGCUCUUGCUAUUUGGUGGGGUUGGUUGUCCUUAACCAGCUCCCCUCCCCCUCUCCUCAAAGGCUGGCUGGGUCUGAAGGGCUAAGGACAGGGUGCUCCCUCAGCAGGUAGGAACAGUUGUUAGGGAGGCCCUCACCCUCCUUCCCACCCCACCCCGCUGCUCCCUCCCUCACUGUCUGUAGAACUCUCCUCAAGCUGUGGUCCCCGGACCAGCAGCCUUGGCAUCACCCGGGAGCUUGUUAGCUCUUCCUUCUCCUAAAUCAGGGCUGGCGUGGCAGUGGGGCUCAGGGGCUCCUUACACUCCGAGAAGCCCUGCCCGGGUGAGGAGCUCUGCAAAGCCUGAUUCUGAGGGAGAAAAGAGCCAGCUUGGUGGGUGUCGCCAAUUUCCAGGCCAGACUUACUAGUACACACCUUCUCCCUUGACACCAUAGGACCCCCUUCCGGCCCCAGGGAAAGGAGCAUUACACUCAGAAUAUUUUAACAAGGCAACACUUAUAGGAUUCAAAAUUUUAAAGGUACAAAAGAAUAGACAGCAAAAGCUUUCCUCCCACCUGUUCUCGAGGCAGCCUGUGUCACCAAUUCCGAGAGGCUCCUUCGUUUUCAAACGAGUCCACUUGUUACUCAGGACGUGAACUUUUCCUCAUGCCUGCAACAUCAGACCUGACGCCUGUCAGAGAGGGGCACGAUGGAAUGGCCUAGAACUCUGAACUACGGCAGUAAAGGCCCGCAGUGCCCGAUGCACAGCCGCCAGGACCCCGGGGAGCUCCCUCUCUGGAAGUGCGCUCUCGACCUCCCCGGAGUCAGGGGAGCCUGGUUCUCUGCACGCAGAGGGGUGAGCAUCCUUCCCCUGAGGCCUUGGGAGAGGGUCAGAGGGGUCUGGAAGGCUCCGCCACCAGGGCCGAAGGCUGUGGUCCCCAGAACAGGAACCCCUUUGGAACAAGCAGCUCCCUCGCCUUGGGCUGCCUGCUAACCAGUCAACAGCCCACCUGCUCUCUGAAUAGAAAGUGAAAAACCAGGGCGAUCCAUUAUGAUGUUUCACUUAAUCACUAAAGCCAACUCUUAAGAGUGGACAAUCUAGCCUCUUAUGUUUGGCAGGAAGUAACAAGGGCAGGGGCAUGGCUGCUCAGAGUUGAUCUGGUUUCUCUUAACCUAUUUUUGGAAUUGCCUGGCAGGAGCCAUAAAUCACAGGAACAGUUGUACUGUUUAUUUUAUAUUGGAAUGAAAUGUCUUCCUACAUUAUUCAGUCAGUAAAUAUUUAUUAAAUA